CUGGGGCGGCAUAGGACAGUUCGAUCGCAAGCAGCAACAUCACAUCACAUUAUCCAGUAUGGCUUUCAAGUUCGUGACCUUCCUCGCCCUGGUGGCCGUUGCCCGUGCUGGAGUCAUCUCUGGACCAGCGCUGUCUUAUGCUGCUGCUCCGGCGCUGUCCUACGCUGCUGCUCCUGCUCUGUCCUAUGCCGCCCCAGCACAAUUGGCCUACUCAGCACCAAUUGCCAAGACCGUGUCCUAUGCCGCGCCUUUGGCCACCAAGACCCUGGUCGCUGCCCCGCUAGCCAAGACCGUUGUCGCCGAUGAGUACGACCCACAUCCAGAGUACUCCUUCUCCUACGGAAUCUCCGAUGCCCUGACCGGUGACCAGAAGGAACAGCACGAAUCCCGCAGCGGAGAUGUUGUCCAGGGAUCGUACUCGUUGGUCGAUGCUGAUGGAUACAAGCGCAUCGUUGACUACACCGCCGAUCCAAUCCACGGAUUCAACGCUGCUGUCCGACGGGAACCACUUGCCGUCAAGACUAUCGCCCCGGUUGUUGCUGCCAAGACCAUUGUGGCCCAGCCAGCCUAUGCCAAGACCCUAGUGGCCCAGCCAGCUUAUGCCAAGACCAUCAUCUCGCAGCCAGCUUUGGCCUCGUACUCCGCUCCAUUGGCCACUAAGGCUAUCCUGUCGCAGCCCGCUUACGCCAGCUACGCCUCUCCAGCCCUGUACCACUAAGCGGAAUGAACCGGAAACCAUACCCAAGACUGACUGUUGCCUAAUUUAUGAAGGUUUUUAAAUGUUGAAUAGAUGAGAAAAUCGUCCAAAAAUCAAAAUGACGUUGUGUUUCAUU